AUCGCACUGAAGCACAUGAAGCACUUGAUUUUAAACCGUCGUUUGUAAAACAGUCUCGCUGAAAGAAUCAUGUCUUGUCUGAAUUUUAAAGAAAUCAGAAUCGUAGAUGAUUUCAUUAAUAUUUGUGAUAUAAUUGAGGAAAUUUCAGUUUCUGAAAACGUGGAUGAUGCAUUUCAUAUAUUAAACGUUAGCGAAGUGAUCACAAGACAUAAAUUAUGGUUGAGUAAAAUUCCAAAAGUUGUUCCGUAUUAUGCUGUAUUUUGCAAUUCUCAUCCGACCAUUCUUAAAGUUCUAUCAGAACUUAAUAGUCAUUUCGAUUGCGCCUCAAAGGAAGAAAUAAUCAAAGUUCAAAAGUAUGGAGUUUCCGCGAAGCGAAUUAAUUUUACUAAUCCAAUGAAAACGCCUUCUCUCAUAGCUUAUGCUAAGGAAGUUGGAGUUGAAAGAAUGACUGCUGAUUGCCAAGGCGAACUUGUAAAAAUUAAAAAAUUUUUCCCCGAGGCAAAAGUUGUCAUCCGUAUUCGAUGUGUUGCUGAUUAUCUUGGUUCUGAGCUUGCUCUUAAAUUUGGUUGUGAUCCACAUCAAGGGGCAAUUGAGUUAAUAAAUAUAACAAAGGAUUUAGGACUAAUUUUGCAGGGAUUUAGUUUUCACGCUUGUAACCCUCAUGCUAAAUUGGAUGAAUAUGCACGCAGCAUACGAAUUUGCAUGAAGCUGAUUGAUUAUGCUAAAUCAAUUGGUUUUAAUGAUGCUAAUCUAAUUGAUAUUGGAGGGGGAAUUCCCGGUGAAGCUCAGUUAGAUAUUGACAAGUUUGCAAUUAUCAUAAAUGAAGCUAUUAAAGAUAUCGAUCCUUCAAUCAGAUUUAUAUGUCAACCUGGCAGAUAUUACGUUACAGCUUCCACAUUUGCAGUUACUGAUGUAAUAGGAAAAAAAAGAGUCAUUGAAGAUAAGAGAACGGGUUACAUUUAUUACAUUAAUGACGGAAAAUUUAGAUCCUUCUUGGAUAAAGGUUUGCAAAAGGAAAAUCCGGUUCUUCUUGAUACUAUAACGAAGAAUAGAUUUCCAACAAAAAUAUGGGGUCUCACUUGCUGCUCAACUGACUUAGUUUUAAGUAAUGAACUGCUCCCUGAGUUUCAAAUCGGUGAUCGUUUGAUUUGGAAAAACAUGGGUAGCUAUAGUGCAACCAUUUCCACAAAAUUUAAUGGUUUCGAUCGACCAAUUGUCUAUCCAUUUAUGCGAAAAAGCGACUGGUAUCUUCUUGAAGCAGAAAUUCUUUCUCUGAAAUAUGUAGAUUGCGGAUCGCCGUUAUCAAAGACUUUUAUACCAAAAUUGAAAAAAAUGUAAUUUGCGUAUUUGGAUAUCAUAAAGUGUUUUUGAAAUAUACGAUUGAACAUUUCUAUUUAAAAAAUAAUGAAGAUAGAUUUUCUAGGAAAAGGACGAAGAAGAAAACUAAAAUAUAUUUAUAUCCUAACAGUUGAAAGUUUGUUAAUAUUAAAUUAUCUUUAAUUUUAUUUUCAUAAAUAAAAUUUCUAGAUAGAUAAUAAUAAAUGAAUGCAGUACUAAAUAAUCAUUAUAUAUAAUAAUUUUGCAUAAUGAAAAGGAUUUUAAUCAUAAUGUUAAUAGAAGGAUAAAAUAAUUCUUAUAUGACCGGUAAACCUUUUUUUCACCUGAAGGGAAAAACGCAAUUAAAAGGUAUAAAAAUAAAAUAAAAAAUGAAAUAAUAAAUCAUUUAUAACACUCAUUUAUGACGAAUUUUUCAAAAAUUAUAUUAAUUGGUAGUAUAUUAAUACUGUGGUCAUAUAUGCAUUUGUCCCAGACGG